AUGAGUUUUGCCUCCAGUCUGCAGGACUGGCAGCCUAGCCUGCAGGUGGGGCUUCACUGGGGACCCAUCACCUUCCACCCAGGAGCCUGUCUGCCUCCCACAGCCAUCCAUGGCACCCAGGCUGCUGGCAUCAAGGGGCACUUGCAGGCCAGUGCCAAACCACCCUCAGACCCCCUCAUCUUCCCCUCCCAUGCUCCUGCUCCUCGGCUCUUUUUGCGGCUUUUUGUACCCGCCACGGCUUUUUGCCCUCGCUGCCCCGGCUUUUUGCCGCCGUGGUAUUUUGCCCCCGCCGCCGCGGCUUUCGGCCCCAGCCGCCACGCUUUUACGACGCGGUUUUUUACCCCCACCGCCGCGGCUUUCUGCUCCCCGCCGCCGCAGCUUUUUGUCGCUGGGUCUUUUUGCCCCCGCUGCCGCGGCUUUUUACCCCGCCGCCGCGGCUUAUUGCCCUCGCCACCGCGGUUUUUUGCCCCCGCCGCCGAGGCUUUUUACCCCAGCCGCCGCUGCUUUUUGCGGCUUUUUCCCCCCGCCGCCGCUGCUUUUUGCGGCUUUUUGCCGCCGCCGCCCUCGCGGCUUUUUUUGCCCCCGGUCCAGCUGUUUAUUUGCCCCCACCACCGCAGCUUUUUGCCCGCGCCACCGGGGCUUUCUGCUCUCGCCGCCGCGGCUUUUUGCCGCCGCUGUAUUUUGCCCCUGCCGCCACGGCUUUUGCGGCUUUUUUACCCCACCGCCGUGGCUUUUUGCUCCCCGCCGCCGCGGCUUUUGCCGCCGCGGCUUUUUGCGCCCACCGCCGCGGCUUUUGCUGACGCGGCUUUUUACUCCCGCUGCCACGGCUUUUUGCGCCCCCCCCCCCCACCACGCCGACGAGGCUUUUUGCGGCUUUUUUCCCCCGCCGCCGCGGCUUUUUAUGUUUUUUUGCCCCCGCUGUUUUUGGCCCGCGCCGCCACGGCUUUUCUCCGCCGCGGUAUUUUGCCCCCACCGUCUCGCGGCUUUUUGCCGUCGCCGCCGUCACGGCUUUUUGCCCGCGCCUCCGCGGCUUUGGCCGCCGCGGCUUUAGUUGACGCGGCUUUUUGCGACCCGCCGCCACGGUUUUUGCCAACGCGGCUUUUUACCCCCACCGCCGCGGCUUUUUGCUCCCCGCCACCGCGGCUUUUUGCCCCCGGCCGCCGCGUCUUUUUGCCCCCGCCGCCACGGCCUUUGCCGAGGCGGCUUUUUGCGCCCACCGCCGCGGCUUUUUGCUCUCGCCAUCACGGCUUUUGCCGACGUGAUUUUUUACCCCACUGCUGCGGUUUUUUGUUCCCUUCGCCGCGGCUUUUUGCCCCCGCCGCCGCGGCUUUUGUGGCUUUUUGCCGCCGCCGCCGCCGCCGCCGCCGCCGCCGUCACGGCUUUUUGCCCCCGCCACGGCGGCUUUUGGCCGCCAUGACUUUUUGCGCCCACCGCGGCGGCUUUUUGCUCCGCGCCGCCGCGGUUUUUGCCAACGCGGCUUUUUACCCCCAUCGCGGUGGCUUUUGUCGACACGGCUUUUUACCCCCCGCCGCCGCGGCUUUUUGCCCGCGCCUCCGUGGGUUUUGGCCACCGCGUCUUUUUGCCCCCGCCGCCGCGGUUUUUUGCCGCCGAGGCUUUUUGCCCCCGUCGCCGCUGCUUUUUGCAGCUUUUUUACCCGCCGCCGCGGGUUUUGCCGAUGCGGCUUUUUGCUCCCCACCGCCGCUCCUUUUUGUCCCCGCUGCCGCUGCUUUUUGCUCCCGGCCGCCGAGGCUUUUUGACUCCUUCGCCGCGGCUUUUUUCCCUCGCCGCCGCGGCUUUUUACCCCCGCCGCCGUGGCUUUUUGCACCUGUCGCCACUGCUUUUUGCACCUGUCGCCACUGCUUUUUGCAGCUUUUUCCCCCGCCGCCGCAGUUUUUUGCCCCCCGCCGCCGCGGGUUUUGCCGACGCGGCUUUUUGCUCCCCGCCGCCCGUUUUUGUCCCUGCAGCCGCGGCUUUUUGCUCCCCGCUGCCUUUUCCCCUGGUCGCGGGUUUUCGCCCACACCGCCGCGGUUUUCUGCCCCAGCCGCCGAGGCUUUUUGCCCCCGCCGCCACUACUUUUUGCGGCCUUUUGCCCCUGCCGCCGCGGCUUUUUCCCCCACCGCCGCGGGUUUUUGCCGCCGGAGCUUUUUGCCCCUGCCGCCGUGGCUUUUUCCCCCGUGGCGCCGUGGCGUUUUGCCCGCGCGUCCGCGGUUUUUUGUCUCUGCCGCUGAGGCUUUUUGCUGCCGUGGCUUUUUCCCCCCACCAUCGCGGCUUUUUGUGGUUCUUUUGCCCGCACUCCCGCUGCUUUUUGCCCCCGGCGCCGCGGCUUUUUGCCACCGCUGCGGAUUUUUACCCCCGCCUUGGAGGAUUUUUCCACCCGCUGCCGUGGCUCUGAGGGCGGGAGCCGCAGACUCGGCUGCUAGCUCCACUGGCGUCGUGGCAAGGGCAGCGCCAAGGGGCGCUCCUGGUCCAGUCCCCCGGCUCGGGGGUUCUUUGCCUAGGCGUCGGCACCCCGGGCUCCCUGCCUCGGCAUCUGUGGCCUGCAUAGAGCGGCACUGCGCGCGGAGGCGAUGGGAGAGAAGAAGGAGGGCGGUGGCGGGGGUGAUGCGGCGUUCACCGAAGGUGGCGCAGGGGCCGCGGGCAGCUCCAGAAGCUCAUCGGCAUCUUCAUUGGCAGUCUUCGCGGGCUGGGCGCCAAGUGCACUGUGUCCAACGACCUCACCCAGCAGAAGAUACCGACCCUGGAGGUGAGGAAACCAAAGGCCUGAGGAAGAAAUGACUUGCCAGGAACCCCUGUUAAGGAGAAGUAACAAAGUGUGCUUAUUAAAGGAGAACUGAGAUGGGAGUCAGACCUGGAGGCCCACACCCUUGGUUAAGACAUUGUACGAUCUUGAGUCUGGCCUGUUGACUGAGGAUACAACAGAGAAAUGCAUAAUGUCCAGUGAAUUUAUUACAGUUCCAAAGUCGGUCGCGUGCAGUGGCUCACACCUGUAACCUCAACACUUCGGGAGGCCAAGGCAUGUGGAUCACGAGGUCAGGAGUUGGAGACUAGCCUGAUCAACAUGGUGAAACCCCAUCUCUACUAAAAAUACAAAAAUUAGCCAGGCAUGGUGGCACGCGGCUGUAAUCCCCGCUACUCAGGAGGCUGAGGCAGGAGAAUUGCUUGAACCUGGGAGGCAGAGGUUGCAGUGAGCCGAGAUGGCGCCACUGCACUCCAGCCUGGGCGAAAGAGUGAGUGAGACGACUCCUCAAAAACAAACAAAAGAGUUGCAAAGUCAUACUCAGCUUUCUGCUCUUGUCAGACAAUUAAGGGGUCUUUGAAUACUUCAGCCCUAAUAAUUUGCUGCUAACAUACAUAUUGCACUGCUUAUCUAAUUUUAAACAUCUUUUUGAUUCAACACCUAAUUUUUUAUUUAGAUCUAUCUAUGUUUACAAUAUAUUUUUUGCUCUGUGUUCAUUCUUUGAUUUCAGAACUUCAACCUUUCUGAAGCAUGUUUUCAGAGUUUCUCUUUAGUUUCUUUAGUGGAAUUCUGCUGGUGGCGUUUUGUUUUUUGUCUCUAAAUAUGUUAUUUAGCCAUAGGCUGAUGAAUAUUUUUCUUGGUUGAGAAUUUCAGAAUGGCAUUAUUAUUCUUAACAAACAAUAUUGUUUAUUUUACCUUUCAUUCUUUCCGAUUUCAAUAUGAUUAAAGGUAAUUUGAUUUUUCUAGUGUUAAUUGAAAUAUUUUUCCCUUCCUGAUUCUUUGCUAUUUCUCUAGGAGAUACGUAGGUGUAGGUUUAUCUCCACUGUAGCUUGCUUAGCAUGCAUGGAAUUUUUGAAUAUGCGGAUUAGUGUCUUAAAAAAGUCUAGAGAACUUUCAGCCAAAAUACCAUCACGUAUUGUCCCUUUCCAGUUUCCUUCGUCUAUGAGAACACUCACUAAACACAUGCUACACUUUCUCACUGUAUCUUCCAUGUCUCUUCAUGAUUCUGUCCACAUUUUGCAUUUUGUUAAAUUUUCUGUAAUGCAUUCUGAAAUAUUUAUUAACUCCCACCAUGGCCACGUCUAAUCUGAUGAGUUCAUUUUUGAGUUUUUAAUUUAAAAUACUAUAUUUUUAUACAAACUGCUUUUCAAAUUUGCUACAUCAAUUUUUUAGUCUCCUAAAAAUAUAUUCAUUUUUAAAAAAAUUUUUUGAAAGCAAAUGUGCUUUAUAAUCUAACAGUGAUAUUUCUACUAAUGAACCUUUGUGUAUCCGUUUAUACUCUUUUUCUGCUUUCCUUUCAAAUGGUGGAAUAUCAUUUCCUUGUGUACUUAGAUGCCUUUGAAUGACAAAUAUUUAUUUUUCUCUGAAAAUUAUUUUUGUGGACUUUUGAGGAUUAGUGAGAAGAAAAUUUGCCAAAGAGAAUUUGAAUUUUUUUGUGAGUCUACUAAAGGCACCACCAUUCUGGGACCACAUUAUGUUAAUUCUUGGCCUAAAGGUGUUUGGACUUAUGUUUGGACUGCACAUUUAAACAAUUUUUAAAUAAAUUGCUGUAAAUCA